CCUAUUCCCACCACUACCACCGACCUAGAUCCUCCUCCUCGUCCUCCUCUUGGCCCAUCUGCUGCUGCUGGGCCCUCUCUUUCUUUUUAACUUUUCCAUUUUCUUUCCUUUUUAUUUUUUUUUUCCUGCAAAAAUCAUUCUUAUUAAGCUGAGUUAAGCUUUAUUGGGGUCUUGUGUUGAGGUUUUAAUCACCUUUAUUCAUUCUUUCCUACAAAAUUGAGCAUCCCCUGAUUCCCCCUACCUCACUUCAAAAUUCAAUGGUAUAUGCAUCUCCACCACAUCUCAAGCUAGGGUUUUUCUUUCUUUUCACUAUCUUUCUACUUAUUACUACUACUAUUUCUACAUUCAAUUGAAUUAAUUGUGAUUCAUUGAUGGCCUAUCAGAGUUCUGGGUCGAGUUCCAGUCCCUCUGGAUUCCAAUUCCCCAAUUCCAACUCCCCUUUUGGUGACACCACCUACACCAAGGUCUUUGUUGGGGGCCUCGCCUGGGAGACGCACAGCGAUGCCAUGGGCCGCUAUUUCGACCAGUUCGGCCAGAUUCUCGAGGCCGUCGUUAUUACUGACAAGAACACCGGCCGAUCCAAAGGCUAUGGCUUUGUGACUUUCCGCGAACCAGAGGCUGCUGCUCGGGCCUGUGCUGAUCCAACUCCGAUCAUCGAUGGCAGGCGCGCCAAUUGUAAUUUGGCUUCACUCCGGCGGCCCAGGCCGCCUAUGCCUUAUGGACGUCCAAGACCAGCUGCUCCAUACAUUGGAGGCAUGCAAGCUACCCGUGGGGCUUACACUGGAGGAUAUGGCUACCAGCAGCCUCUUUCUUACAACUAUCAACAAGGAUUAGUUUAUCCUCCCUAUGGGUAUGCAACAUAUGGACCUGAGUACGCUUAUUCACAGGGUGUUUACGGCGCCUAUGCGGGUCAGCAAUAUCUUCAAAUAUAUGGACUUCCAGGGACGGCUACUACUUCUCCUUAUCCUUAUGGACAACUGGGUCAAACCAUUCAUGGUGGUCAGGGUUAUCCAACAGUUCAUGGAUAUGCAAUGCCUGCCCAGCAGAUAAUCCAGUUUGGUGCACCCAGUGUUAAUGCAGCAACAACUUCCACAGUCCCUCCAGUUCAAGCAGCAUAUCAUACAGGCAUGGCAGCGAGUGUUGCGGCACGACCACAUAUUAUAUUAUCUGCUCCUUCUCCCCAAUAUAUGCAGGGUAGUGGUUCUGAGCAAAGAGCUGGGUGAGGGGUUGACUGAGGUAUCCUUAGAUUGCAGCAGGACUAAAAGAAGCAAAACUGCUAAUUAAGUGGCAGGCUUCAGGUCGAGCCUUGCAAAUUUUAUUUUGCAUUCUAGCGGUCAUACAGUCAUGGUCACCAGAGAAGUCAGAUGUCUGAGUCGCCCCAGAUGGCAGAGAAGGAUGGAGGACGCUGGCUGCUCUUCACUCCCAGUGCGACAUUUAUCCUUGGUGCAUCGAAACCUGUGUUACUCAGGAAAAGUGGCAGGUUGUCAUGGAUGGGUGGGUGCUAGAAUCAGGUUUCUAGUAGCCAUACAGGAAUAAAACAAGUCUAAAAAAAUCAUGUUAGAAUCAACAUAUGAUUCGUUUAUAGUCAGUCUUGCCCAAGCAUUUUGGGGGCAUAGUCUCUCUGGUGUCGCGUGUUGAUGGGCGGCCCAUCACGCACGUAAUGUCAUUCAGGUCUUUGUGCCUACUAGUUGUAGGAUUUUCAUUAAACUCAAGAGUCUUGUAAUUUAGAGAAUUAAGAAGGCCUGGCUUCAAAAGGGAAGAAGCUUCGGGCAUGUUCUAUUUAUUUGGAAAGAACAGUUUUUGGGUGUAUAAUAUAUUUAGUAAAGCUGUCUCGUCUAUUGGUCAUUAUGAUUUGAAGGAUGUGGAGUAUGUUAAUUUGUGCCUGUUUUUGUAUAUCAUUUGAAAGACUGUUGGGGUA